AUGCCGUACCGCGAAGGGCAUCACGCUCUGUACCAACUGAGCGACUCGGUGAGCGGCGCGAACUGGCGUCCGACGCGGUUCGAGGACGAGUUCGCGUUGAGUCUUUACGCCUGCCACGUGUGCCACGUCAUUCCGAGCAGCACGGUACUGCUGCCCUGUUCGCACUCCCUGUGCGAGAACUGUGUGAUGGAGUGUGGCGUCCAAGAUGACGGAAACGUCUGUCCCCUGGACACCAAGCCAUUCUGCCAAGAGGACUGCCAGAAGAUCAAGCUUCCUGACAAGAAGAAGAAAAAUCUGACGGCUCAUUGCUGGAAUGAAGCCAACGGCUGCCAGUUUACGGGAACCAUCGAAGCUGUGCUGCAGCACUUCGAUGGAGAAUGCGCCUUCCACGCUCUCCAGUGUCCACGCUGUGAACGAAGACUACUGCGAACAGACAUCGCAGCACACUAUGUCGCCAGUUGCCACCGGGAUGCUUCUCACGGAAGUGCAGUUCUGCCGAACCAGCGAGAUAGUUCAUCUAUCAGUUACGAGAAAUCAGUAUCGGAAAAGUUGUCUGCUCUUCAGAGGCAAGUAUAUGGACUCUCCAGAACGUCAGAGUCGGCGCGUUUGAAUGACAUCUGCCGCACGGUCAGGGCAUUUGAAAGUAGUUGCUUGCGUGCAAUGAAAGACGUCGAGUUGAACAUUGCCUCGAUGUUGACUCAGCAAUUGAACGCUGGCCUGGAAGAAGUGAAGAUACUUGUCAGAGACCCCUUAAGUGAUCAGCUUUCGUAGCUUCAGGGCCAAGUGAACGAAAUAUUUGAACAUUCCAGGCUGCACGACGCCUCCGCAGUGCAGGAAGUGGUACGCGAAAUUAGAGACUCGCAAAGUGAGUUGAAGCGAGAUGUACAGGCAACGUCUCAGCUAAUGGGGAGCAUGCUUAGCGACAGCGAAGGUAAAAUCAAAGAAAGCCUUACAGCCCUAUUGCAGGAACUUGUACACGCGCUAAAGGCAUGUGAAUUCGAGAUGAAAGAACGAGUAAGUAAGGUUGAGGCUAAUCUCUGCAGCAAGAUCACGGAACAACAGCAGUCGCUGAAAGGAGCGCUCGAUUCACACAAUAAUAUAUCCACCGAAACAGAGACUCCAGUUGGCACUGCUGCUUUGGGAAGAGGGGAAGUACCGCUGAACUUGCAAGAGGGGUUAAUCCCGUUGAAGCUGGAAUUGUUCGCUCACGAAACACUGAAGACGGUGGAAUUUUUGCGGCAGCAUGUUUAUAGGCGAGAGAAACAACUGUGGGUUUCGAUUCAUGCCGCCGACUGGGACACUUACGACGUCAUGCGGCACAACGUCUCUCAAUAUCCAUGCUUCGGCGUGACCCUGAACAACGCUGAAAAGAUAUUUUGUGCGGAAAAUGAACUCUCCAUUGUAGCAAAUUUCGUGCACCGCAGGGAGAUGCACAUUCAAAUUACCUUUUAUUCUUCUCAUCCCCUCGAGCCUUGGUUAUUCAUUUAUGUAGAUUGCGUUAAGGCUUUCAGAAAUUCCUGCUUCCCUUUCACUAAGAUCACUGUAGAGGCUGAUGGGCGCCUUUUUCAUGAAUACGGUGGGCAAACAAAUUGUGCUACAUGCUCCGGAAAGAAUAUUCCCCAUCUUAUUGCCAAAUUCAAAGUAGAAAAAGAACAACUCGCUAAAGACGGCGUCAUCGAAGACGGAGAACUUGAGUUGCUAAUCAAAUUUCAAUAAGUGCACAGCUACAGUCCACACGCAGCGCACGAUUAUUCUUUAUUACACAUAUGCCUAUAUGUGAAAUAUUGUGAAGGCAGUGGUAGCGUCUUUAUAUUUUGUCUGUUGCUGAACCUCUGUUUUUGGCUUGCCAAUUGGACGCGGCAUUAUUUCGUCUGUAAAUUUAUUAAGUAGAAAGCAGAACACUCUGUUACUUUCGACGAGAUUUGGGGUGUGAAAACAUGAUCACAUAUCGUAGGCCCGAAGCGGGUUAGCUUCGGGGUUACAGAGUUGUUGAAUUUAUGACAGGCACCACUACGCACUCCCACGUGUAGAACACCCUUCCUUCGUUCUCUCGAGUUCGCAGUGUUAUGUUCGCUUGCGUGUAGGUUGCCACAGAUGAGUUGGAAAUAUGCACGCACAACAUGAACAAAUAAAGAAAAAAAUGCUGCUUAAAGGAUUGAAUCUACUGGCCACGACAAGAUUGGACUGUAGCGUUGAGACCACUAACCUAGCGUGGGCUUCAAAGUUUGAUCAGACGCACUGCGCAAUGAUGCGUGUUCGAAAGAUUUUUCGUAAUAUGGCUACACAAGGCGUUGUGACAGGGUAUACCUUUGUUUUUGAGGGCAUGUAAACAUGGUUGUAUAAAGUGUUUCUAAUAAA